AGCUCGGGCGGAGCGGCGCUGACGCGCAUCAUGGCGGCGCGGCAGCUGCUGCGGGUGGCCCCGGGGCGGCGCGGGUACAGCGGUGCGGGCGCCGCCGAGUUCCUGCACCGCAGCAUCGUGCCCACCAUGCACUACCAGAAAAGCCUGCCCAGACUGCCAGUUCCCAAGCUAGAAGAUACAAUUACAAGAUACCUGAAUGCCCAGAAACCGCUUUUAAAUGAUGACCAGUUCAGGAAGACAGAAGAGCUUGCUCAUGCCUUUGAAAAGGGGAUUGGAAGAGAGCUGCAUGAGCAACUAGUUGCUCAAGACAAUCAGAACAAGCAUACAAGUUACAUUACAGGUCCCUGGUUUGACAUGUACCUAAAAGCACGUGAGCCUGUUGUUUUGAAUUUUAAUGCAUUUAUGUCUUUUAAUCCUGAUCCGAAAUCGGAAUACAAUGAUCAGCUCAUACGAGCCACAAACAUGACUGUUUCUGCCAUACGUUUUAUGAAGACCUUCAGGGCUGGUUACCUUGAACCAGAGGUUUUUCACCUCAAUCCAGAAAAAAGUGACACUGAGAUCUUUAAAAAAAUUAUCCGAUUUGUGCCUUCUUCAAUUUCUUGGUUUGGUGCCUACAUGGUCAAUGCUUAUCCCCUAGAUAUGUCUCAAUACUUCAGACUUUUCAAUUCUACACGACUUCCUAAGCUCAACAAAGAUGAGCUUUAUACAGAUGAAAAGGCAAAACAUUUAUUAGUGUUGAGAAAUGGAAAUUUUUAUGUGUUUGAUGUUAUUGAUAGAGAUGGAAACAUGUUGGAACCCUCAGAAAUACAAGCACACUUGAAAUACAUCCUUAGUGACAACAGUCCGGCCCCAGCCUUCCCUCUUGGCUACCUCACCAGUGAAAACCGAGAUACAUGGGCAUUGCUGAGGAAGAAUCUACUGGAGAAUGGCAAUGAAGAAGCUCUUCAAAAAGUAGACUCUGCCAUGUUUUGUUUAAGUUUAGAUGAUUUUGCCAUUAAAGACUUUGUGCACUUGUCCCACACUAUGUUGCAUGGAGAUGCUGCAAACCGCUGGUAUGACAAAUCCUUUAAUCUUAUCAUAGCUAAGGAUGGCACUGCAGGAAUUAAUUUUGAACAUUCCUGGGGAGAUGGUGUGGCUGUGCUCAGGUUCCAGAAUGAAGUUUUUAAAGACAGCACCAAGACGCCAGCCAUUGGCCCCCAGUCCCAGCCUGCUUCAGUCGACUCUUCCAGAGCAGUGCAGAAACUUGACUUUAAACUGAACGACGCCUUAAAAGCAGGGAUUACCAAAGCCAAACAGAAGUUUGAUGCCACUGUAGAAUCACUGUCUCUUAACAUGAUUCAGUUCCAAGAAGGGGGCAAGGAACUUCUAAAGCAGAAGAAGGUGAGCCCAGAUGCUGUGGCUCAGCUGGCCUUCCAGAUGGCUUUCCUUCGCCAGUAUGACCAGACCGUGGCUACGUACGAGUCUUGCAGCACUGCAGCUUUCAAGCACGGCCGUACAGAAACCAUACGUCCUGCCUCUGUCUACACAAAGAAAUGCUCUGAAGCUUUUGUCAAGCAACUCUCCAAACACAGCACAGAAGAGCUGCAGAAUUUGAUAGUGGAGUGCUCCAAGUACCACGGCCGUUUGACAAAAGAGGCUGCUAUGGGCCAGGGCUUUGACCGGCAUCUCUUCAGCCUGCGCUAUUUGGCCUUAUCCAAAGGGCUGGCACUGCCAGAUUUCUAUCAGGACCAAGCCUACGCUCGCCUUAAUCACAACAUCAUUUCCACCAGCACCUUGGUGAGCCCAGCUGUGCAGUUAGGAGGGUUUGGCCCCGUGGUGUCUGAUGGCUUUGGAGUAGGGUAUCAGGUACAAGAUGACUGGAUAGGUUGUAAUGUUUCCUCUUACCCAGCUAGGAAUGGUGAAGAAUUCCUUCAGUGUAUAUACAAGUCGCUAGAAGAUAUCUUUAAUGUUUUAAAGGGCAAGAAAAUUAGUAGUUAAGACAUAAAGACAUUGGAGCACUUUACAGUUGCAGAAUAAAAUGCAGAUUAUGUCUAACUGACAUACUAAUCAGUGUUCAGCAUGUCUGAGACUGCCCAGCUUAAUUUGCUUCAUGUAUCAUCAUUGAACUUGAAUACUGUUAGGUUUACUAGGAAAUUUCUAUCUGUUUUAAACAAAUUAAUUACAGACCUUGAAUGCAUUUCAGGAAAUAGAGACAUUAACUGUCAAACUGAGUAACGGAUCUAUGUGUUCUUAAAACACAUAAUCUAAAAUAAGCAUUUUUAUUGAGUUAAUGAAAUUGUAACACCUGUGUUCCAUGAGUGUUCAGACACAGUACUGUGAUACCACUCCUGAAUUGCUUGUUUUUUAAAAAAAUACAUGCAAUAAUUUAAAAUAUGGAAGAAUGGUUCCAUUUGCACUCUUGCAGUAAGGUUGCUUACUAACUUGUCACACUUCUCUUUUAAACUUGAAUUUAUAUCACAACUGAUUGUGCCUCAACUGCUUGAAGCCUUUCCACUCUAACAGCUUUUGGAGACACAAAAAAAUGAGGUGGGAGGCUUUAAGUAACCUACAGUCACCAAAUGGGUUGUUAAACUGACUGGAAAAGACUAUAUUUUAAUAAAGUUGUCUUUUAAUAACCACAAAAUUCUUUUAUUGCCGUAUCUAAAUCAUACAGCAUGGGUAGACCCUGUAUCAAUAGCUCAUGUUUCUUACAAAGCUUGGAAACAAAACUGCUGCAAGCAUUCUGCAUUCUCCCUGGUAUGUAGACCUUGAAUUCCUGCCUUUUACCCUCUUGAUUUCCACUCUUUUUUUCUGGAAGGCAAAUCUUUCUGUGGAGCUGAACUGCACAGUGGCGCUGGUUUCUGUGAUCUGUGUAAAACGAAUGCAGCUCAUGUCCCACUGGCCCAGACAACCAAAUACAUCAGUGGAACAGGAAAGACUGAGCACAUUGGUUGGAUGUGACAGAUCUGGUUCAGAGGCUCAGAAACUACUUCCCUUUGCUCUUCCUUUGAUGAAGAGCAUCAGCUUCCAGGUUCUCUCAGGUCUUUUUAAUUUAGCACAGUAAGUGUAAGCAAUACCCAGUCCUGGAAGUAUGAAAUAAAAGUGCUAGCAUGGGAGAGGCAUGCUUUUCAUGUGUAAGCCUGAAGGCUUUGCUCCUGCAAUGUAAUGCCUGAAAUCCUGGCAAGAUUGUGACUGCACUUGCCAAGGAGUACAAAGUCUGUCUUCAGCUAAAAAUUAGGUUUACUUAAUAAUAUACUUGGAAAGAUAACUUGCUUUUCAGAGGACUGUAACUCUGUAAAUGUCAGCAGCAGUGAAGCUUAGUGAGUGUUCACAGGAAACUCACCUCAGACUUUACCUGAAGUGGCAGAAAGCUGCUUAAAGGUGCAGCUGUUCCCUUGAACAAUUAACACGGUGCCUUUACUAAUGCUUGUAGCCAUUUCCUCAUGAUAGAAGUGGUGAGUGGGAAGGCUUUAUUUGCUUAUGUUAGAGAAUCAAAUGUGGGUACUUCCUGGUGACCAACUAUUAAAACCUUUAAGGCUGUAAACUGUGCAAGUAGUUACUGUAUCCAUUUGUUGUACCUAAGCUACAGUCUACCACAACCACCUAAUUCCAAAACCCCACAGCAUUAAGGACAUGGCACAGUUCAGGCAA